GAAUUCAACGCAGAUUUUGCGCAAAUUAUUAUUAUUUAUUUUUAAUAAUUGUUAUUGAUGAAAUAGAAAUAGUUCGAUACAACGUAAAUUCUACAAUGAUUUAUAUGAGUACCAAAAAAUAAUAUGUGCAGCGUAAUUUGUUGUGAUAAAGAAAUUAUUGAGUAAAUAUGUUGUUAUCUUAGUUGUUGUUUACCUCUACGAUGAAUUUAGCAUUAAGCCAUCCGUUGCAACUGUUAAAAAAUUAAAAAAUAAGAAUUUACUCAAUAAGGCGUUUUCAAAUCGCAUACACUAUGAAAUCAUUCAAGCUUAUAGUUCAUCAACCCAGCUUUAGUACUGAAGAACUGAUUAUAAACAUUAAAGAUUAUCCUGGAAUAAAAGAAAAAGAUGUAGUGGAAAUAUACCACCCUGAAAAUGAUUAUCCAAGAUUAUUACUUCAAGUGUCUAAAGUUGAUGCACCAGGAAGAGGUAGAGACACUAUAAGUGUGGAACAGAGUAUUGCAAUAACAUUUCAAUUACGGACAUUUGCUGAUGUUUAUGUUAAUAUUGUCAAUGUAGCUGAUGUUGCAUUGGACUCAGUGGAACUUACUUUCAAGGAUCAGUACAUGGGUCGUUCAGAAAUGUGGAGACUUAAGAAUCAUUUAGUAGGCACAUGUGUGUACCUUAAUAAAAAGAUAGAAUACUGUGGAGGUGCCAUACGCUGUCAGGUAUAUGAAAUGUGGUCACAAGGCGACAGAGUUGCAUGUGGAGUUAUAACUGAAGACACAAAGAUAGUAUUCCGAUCGUCAACAUCCAUGGUUUAUCUUUUUAUACAAAUGUCAUCAGAAAUGUGGGACUUUGAUAUACAUGGUGACUUGUACUUUGAAAAAGCUGUAAAUGGAUUCCUUGCUGAUCUAUUUGCUAAGUGGAAGAAAUUCGGAAGUAAUCAUGAAGUUACAAUAGUUUUAUUCUCAAGAACAUUUUAUAAAGCCAAAUCAUUAGAAGAGUUUCCACAACAUAUGAAAGAAUGUCUUCAACAAGAUUAUCGAGGGAGGUUUUAUGAGGACUUUUAUAGGGUGGCAGUACAAAACGAAAGAUAUGAAGACUGGUCUAAUGUACUUUUGCAAUUAAGAAGGCUGUUCACAGAUUACCAAAAGAUUGUCCUCCAAUAUCAUGAACGCCCCAAUUUGGAGAUACCAACUGCUAUCAACUCUACAGCAGCCCAAGGGAACUUUCUCGAAGUUCUCAAUAUGAGUUUAAAUGUAUUCGAGAAGCAUUACCUAGACAGAUGUUUUGAUAGAACUGGACAGCUAAGCGUCGUUAUUACACCUGGCGUAGGCGUCUUUGAAGUUGACAGAGAGUUGACAAAUGUCACAAAACAACGAAUCAUAGACAACGGAGUGGGAAGUGAUUUAGUCUGCGUCGGGGAGCAACCGUUACACGCGGUGCCGCUCCUAAAGUUCCACAACAAAGACAGCAAUUUAAAUUCCAUAGACGAUUACUCCAUGCCGCAUUGGAUCAACCUGUCAUUCUAUUCGACAAACAAAAAGGUUGCCUACUCGAAUUUUAUACCGAGAAUAAAGUUGCCACCGCGAAAAAGUCAAGAGCCGUUGAAGAAAAUGUAUGAUGACGAAUACAAAGGGAAGCUGUUAAAGGAGGAUGAAUAUAUGCACAAUUCGAUAUUUGAUUAUGACGCGUACGACGCCCAAGUGUUUCAAUUACCGCCAGCUCAUAGUACGUGUGUUCAAAGAGUGGCUCGAACAAAGAAAACUUCGAUGGCUGGUCUCGAAAUGAAUAGGAAAAGUCCACCUUCCUCUAUCAUGCAUCAGAGGAAAAUGUCCGAUCCGGACAUACAUCACAGUUCAGUAGAUUUAAGUAUCGGUAAGGGUAAAUUUACAGAGAGUGCCGAUACAACAGAUUCGCCGAUUUCCAUAAACCGCCUGUCUCCCCGAAGCUCAGUGACUGGCCACAAACCGGUGAUCAGGACCGGGCGGGCCUUGAUCAACCCGUUCGAUCCCUCGCACGUCACUGUUAAACUUACGAGUAACAGACGACGCUGGACUCACAUAUUCCCUAAAGGUCCAACGGGUGUGUUGAUCCAGCAGCAUCAUUACCAGGCGAGACCUGCCGGUGAAGCCACGCAGACGCAUGAGGAGCACGACACAUACGACAGAGCCAAAGAUAAUGGCAUCAACAAUAAUCACUCUGUAUACCAGGUUGAUGGUAAUAUGACGAGUCGUAAGCGGAUGAUCAGUGCUUCCGGUGUGUUGAGCGUCCUGGGGACUGUGGUCGGAACGCCCACCACUAACAAUGCGUCACUGGCCUUACUGUGGGGUGCCACGGGCGAACAGGAGUGGACACCGGCCUUAACCACUGCAAUUCGAGAAAUAGGAGUUGACUGGAAAUCCUUAACGAUCCCGGCCUGUCUGCCAAUAACCACAGAUUACUUUCCCGAUAAACGUUCGUUGCAAAAUGAUUAUCUGGUGUCUGAUUAUAAUCUGUUGCCGGAUGACGUAAACGCCGAUUUCGCACAGAAUAGAGCGAUAUAUAAGGAGCCUCUGACCACUAUGGAGGUUUUUAAGGAACUCGUCUCGCAGCGAUUGGCGCAGGGCUUCCAAUUAAUAGUGGGGGUUAAUGAGAACGAAGUGAUAGAAUCCCACUGCCCGUCUGCGCGUACGCCGCCGCCUUCGAAAGUGGCGCCGCAGUGCGGGAAAAAUGUGAACUCGGCGCCAACCAAACGGUAUCUGCUGUCCAUUGGAAGGAUUUUUCAUAAGUUGACGCUUGUUGGCUCCACUAUUACCGUUACUAGAUAUAGACCAAGACACCCCUAUCCACCUUUCAACAUCCACUAUAGAUACCGUUUUCAUGCGCCAAAUCACGAUACAUACGAGGUAUCCUGGGUUUCCUUCACCACUGAGAAAUUGGAGAAUUAUAACUGGAAUUAUAUGGACCAUUAUAUAUGUACGAGGGGAGAUACUGACUUUGCACUUGUCGAGCCUCUGAAGUACUGGCGAUUCCGCACAUUGCUUCUCCCGCUGAACAAUCCAGCCACCAAACAAAUAUUAGAGGCAGAAACGGCCCAUUGCGACAUCUAUCCCGCUCCCACGCGCCACGACCUGGAUCACCUGACUGAGGGUUUCUUAAAAAUGACUGAGUCCUAUUUUAAUAAGGUCAAACGACCUAAUAAGCGGAUGGCGACGUCGGGCAACGCGGAGAGCGCGCUCACUCGCCGGAGACAUUCCACGUCUAUCCUCACUCGGAACGCCCAGCAGGGUGGUGUAUCGAGCUCUCCCUUCAGAGAGCGCGUGGGCAGCACCAGACUUCCAGACCGACCGCGUCUACGCAUCGAAGCUAUACAAGCAGCAAAGACUGUUCUGGAAAGAACGCAAUCUCAGACUGGCGAAUGUGAAGAUGGAUAUGAUGAUGGAGUCAUAGAGCCGAAACUCAAAGCCAACGCGACCUUGUCAGAGAUAAUAGAAAGGAUGCGAAAUCCGUCUCUUGGCAUAGCGUUUUUGCAGCAAACUGUCAGUUUACCUUCACACACAUUCGUCUCUAUUUAUGCCAUACAUUGGUUGCAAGCCAAUAUGGAGAAUCUGACGUACGAAAAGGCCACUAAUAUUAUGGAAAAAUUACUGCAAGAGAAAAUGAUAUGUCACGCUUCGGGUGACACGUUGAAGCGAUACGUCGUCGGCUACUACAUGUAUCACAUUUUACCGCAAAAGAAAGAUAAAGAAAUGCCAGACUACGUGAAACCGUUAGGUGACUUGCAAAGUUUCGAGAACGAGUGGAUGGAAGUUGAGGUUUUAGGCCCUCGUUCGCCCAUACUCAGGACAGAGUCGAACACUGGUGCUAUCGAUAUAUCGGGAUCAAGCCCCGUUAUCGACGAUUCGGGAAUACCCGCCUUCCUCUGCGACCAUAUUGACCCAAAUUAUAUGCAAUUGGGAAAUGAUGACAUGCCUCUAUACAAAAACACUCACUUGGACAUAGACGUGAACAACAAGAGCGAUCGCAUAGAAUGGGGCCACGCCCGUUAUCAGGCCACUUUCAGGCCAGACCAGGCGUACGAGAUGUGCAUUCAGUGGGCUGUGGCUAGCGGAAAUAUUGUCUCGGAUCUGAUUUUUGGUUGGGCUCGCAAAGCGCAAAGCUGUAGAUUACAAAUGGUGCCCAUUCCCGCCGAUCCCCUAGCAUUGCCCUUCACUGAGAAGUCGGACCCUCUCAGGGGACCUAUAUAUGUCCCGCUGAACGAAGAACCACUGCUAAGAGGAAAAAGUGCAUUGUUUCAAGGUUUCCCAGAAGAAGAAUGGCCGGAGCGCCUCUUCCUUUUCCAGGAGGCGAUAGUUGGAAGAUUUGGGUUCAUCAAAUGUACAGUAGAGAGUACAUCACACGCUGCAGGCGUUGGAGAUCAUUUGUACGUCCACGUCACGGGAAAUAUGUUCAUACUUAUCCCCACAACGGUGAAAUCGGAACAACGAGCGCUUCGAAAACCAAUAAAUAAGCCGUUGAAUGCGAGCAGAUAUCCUGUCCAUUCCGAAGCUGCUCCGAGUCCGCACGAGGGUUACAUAACUCGACACGUGAGCGGCAAAAAUAAGGACGACUACGACAAUAGUCGCCGGAUGGGUUUCCUCUGGUCCUGGAAUCACAUGAUAUCAAAGAAAUGGAAGUGGUCUCAAUCACUUGCAACGGGCGAUGAACCCUUUCAAAUGAGAAUGUUAAGGGACUUCAAACAUUUUUGUGCAAAUCAAGAACAAAGACUGAGCCAAUUCUGGGAUCAAUGUUGGGAACUACAAGAGAAAGCCAAAGGGAUAAAAUGUUGCUAGUUUAUAUUUUUUAAAUAAAUAAAUGAAUUACAAUCAUUUAUUUAAUCAACCUCCUAGUUCGGCAAGCAGA